UCCCCCCCCCUCCAGCACCCGCCUGUCUAUGUCAGUCAGAGGGGCCCCAGCUGGGGUUGGGGCAGAGAUGGCGGCCGCUCGGGUGAUGGUCUGGACUUAUCUCCUUUUAGGACUCCUGUCUAGGCUUGGUGGUAUUGUGGCCCAGCAGAUGCUAUAUCCUUUCAUUGGGAGAGUCUUCAUUCAUACUUUGGAGCCUGCUAGCUUCCUGGACCUGCCUGAUACUGAUCCCAGACCCAAUACUCUUGUCACCUUUCAUGCCAACCUACUGGGGCAUCCAGAUUUACCUCGAUGGCUCCGCUAUACCCAGCGUAGUCCCAGCCAGCCUGGUUUUCUCUAUGGGACUCCUACACUUGAAGACAGAGGCCAACAAAUCAUUGAGGUCAUCGCCUACAACAGAGAGAGCUUUGAGACAACUAGACAGAGGCUAGUGCUGCUGGUAGGGGAGCCUGAAGGCCCCUCACUUCCAUAUGAAGCUGAAUUCCUGGUGCAAAGCCACGAUGUUGAAGAGGUGUUGCCCUCACCCAUUGGUCAACACUUUUUGACUGCCCUGGGAGGACUCUGGGUGCCUGGGGAACUACAGCUACUUAACAUCACUUCUGCGUUGGACCGUGGGGGUCGUGUCCCUCUUCCCAUUGAAGGUCGAAAGGAGGGGGUUUAUAUCCAAGUGGGCUCCUCCAGACCCUUCUCCACCUGCUUGAAGGUGGUAGGGUCUCCUGCCAGCCACGACCGCUGCACCCAGGGCCAGCCGCCACUUCUGUCCUGCUAUGACAGCUUCGUACCCCAUUUCCGAGUCGACUGGUGCAAUGUGUCCCUGGUGGAUAAGUCGGUGCCUGCCCUUCCUGGUCCGGUGCCCACCUGGAGGAGUGGCAUUUUGGAGCACGACCCAUACUUCUGCCCUCCGACGGAGGCACCCGACCGAGACUUCCUCACGGACGCCCUGAUCACCCUCCUGGUUCCCCUGCUGGUCGCCCUGCUUCUCACCCUGAUUCUGGCUUACAUCAUGUGCUGCCGAAGGGAGGGCGUGCUGAAGAGGAAUCUUGCUACCUCUGACAUCCAGAUGGUUCACCACAGCACCAUUCAUGGCAACACAGAGGAAUUGCGGCAGAUGGCAGCAAACCGAACAGUGCCUCGACCUCUCUCCACUUUGCCUAUGUUCAAUGUGCGCACUGGUGAGCGGCUGCCCCCCUGCUCUGACAUUGCCCAGGUACCCCUCAUCCUGGACCAGCACUGAGGGAGGACCUCGGACCUAGCCAGGGAACAGCCACAUCCCAUCUGAGGAAUCUAGCUGCUGUUGAGAUGAAUCACUUAUAGCCGGGGCCAAGCUGGAGCAUGGGCUAGAGACAGGGUGUGGGAAGUGGUAGAGGCCAGGAAGGGCCAGAGAAAAAGAGAAAAUAAACUCACUCAUCUGCAGGUGA